ACCACGAUAGUUGGGCUGUGUAUGUGAGGCGAAGAGGAAGAUUUAGGAAUUCGUCUAAAGACUCGCAGCACCGCUUGUGGAAAAAAUUACAAUAAUGACCUAGCAGUGCAGCCAGCUUCUAGCGUUCCCUCGUACAUCUGAGUGUGUGAUCCGGGUUAUGAGCAGCAGUAAGACGCCUCGCUACAACCGAUACUCUGCAGGAGCGGUGGCCUCAUCAUCCAUUCCCAGCAGCCCCUCCACCCCUCCAGCAGACUCUGGUAGUGGGAGCAGGAUGGAGGCAUCAUUCGGCCCCACCUUCUCAGCCGUGGCUUCUGGAGCCAAAGCAGAGGGAACCAGCACCUACAAGCAGCACAGGAGAACUCCCUCCUCCUCCAGCACUCUGACUUACUCCCCUCGCGACGAUGAUGAUGGGAUGCCUCCCAUCGGCACUCCUCGGAGGUCCGACUCGGCCAUUUCAGUCCGAUCACUCCACUCUGAGUCCAACAUGUCCCUGCGCUCCACUUUCUCCCUGCAUGAAGAGGAGGAGGACACGCAGGAGCCGCAGGUGUUCGCUGAGCAGCCGUCGGUAAAGCUGUGCUGUCAGCUGUGCUGCAACGUCUUCAAGGACCCCGUCAUCACCACGUGUGGGCACACCUUCUGCAGACGCUGUGCCUUGACUUCAGACAAGUGCCCCGUGGAUGCCGCUAAGCUAACGGUUGUUGUGAACAACAUCGCGGUAGCCGAGCAGAUCGGAGAGCUUUUCAUCCACUGUAAAUACGGCUGCAGAGCCACAGCCAGCGCCACAGCCGGAGCGGCAGCAUCCGCAUCCACCGUGGCGGGGAAACCUGGGGCGUACGAAGUGGACCCGCUGGGCUGCCCGUUCACUAUUAAACUGUCUACACGCAAGGAACAUGAGGCCAGCUGUGACUACAGACCAGUACGAUGCCCCAACAACCCCUCCUGCCCACCACUCCUCACCAUGAACCUGGAGGCUCACCUCAAAGAGUGCGAGCACAUCAAAUGUCCACACUCCAAAUAUGGCUGUACAUUCAUAGGAAACCAGGACACGUAUGAAACGCAUCUGGAGGUGUGUAAAUUUGAGGGCCUGAAGGAGUUUCUGCAGCAGACUGAUGACAGGUUCCAUGAGAUGCAGCUGACUCUGGCCCAGAAGGACCAAGACAUCGCUUUCCUCCGCUCCAUGCUGGGAAAACUUUCUGAGAAGUUGGAUCAGCUGGAGAAAAACCUGGAACUUAAAUUUGACAUGUUGGACGAGAAUCAGAGUAAACUCAGCGAGGACCUGAUGGAAUUUCGAAGAGAUGCCUCCAUGCUUAACGACGAGUUGUCCCACAUCAACGCCAGGCUCAACAUGGGAAUCCUGGGCUCAUACGACCCACAGCAGAUCUUUAAGUGUAAGGGGACGUUCGUCGGCCACCAGGGUCCAGUCUGGUGUCUCUGUGUCUACUCCACAGGGGACCUGCUGUUCUCCGGUUCCUCUGAUAAGACAAUUAAGGUCUGGGACACCUGCACCACCUACAAGUGUCAGAAAACCCUGGAAGGUCACGAUGGCAUCGUACUGGCUCUCUGCAUCCAGGGAAACAGACUUUACAGCGGCUCUGCUGAUUGCACCAUCAUUGUGUGGGACAUCCAGACACUGCAGAAAGUCAACACCAUCCGUGCCCAUGACAACCCCGUUUGCACACUGGUCUCCUCCCACAACAUGUUGUUCAGCGGCUCCCUCAAGGCCAUUAAGGUGUGGGACAUUGUGGGCACGGAGCUGAAGCUGAAGAAGGAGCUGACCGGUCUGAAUCACUGGGUCAGAGCACUGGUGGCCUCCCAGAACCACCUGUACAGUGGCUCAUAUCAGACCAUCAAGAUUUGGGACAUCCGGUCUCUGGAGUGUGUCCACGUCCUGCAGACCAGCGGAGGCAGCGUCUACUCCAUCGCCGUCACCAACCACCACAUCGUCUGCGGCACCUACGAGAACCUCAUCCAUGUGUGGGAUAUUGAGUCUAAAGAGCAGGUGCGAACCCUGACGGGUCACGUGGGAACAGUCUACGCUCUGGCUGUCAUCUCCACCCCGGACCAGACCAAAGUGUUCAGCGCCUCCUACGACCGCUCCCUGCGGGUGUGGAGCAUGGACAACAUGAUCUGUACUCAGACCCUGCUGAGACAUCAGGGCAGCGUUACCGCGCUGGCCGUCUCCAGAGGUCGUCUUUUCUCUGGAGCUGUCGACAGCACCGUCAAGGUGUGGACAUGCUAAACACUCCAAUGGCCUCCAGCUGACUUCGCCUCUCAGUAAUUUCACGCAAUUUCCUCCUCUGCAUUUCUAUGAUUGUGAGUCACACACUCCCUGGUGGCCUCACCACCAGUGCAUUUUGGUGCACAAGACGAGUUUUAUAUCAGUGCCAUGAUAAGGCUGCAUUCAGAGCCACUAAAACGGUUGUACAGUUGGGUAAAAAUAACCUAGUGCCGCUCGCGGACUUGUGCCCACAAGUUAACUCUCACCAGCCCGCAUGACGACGAGAAGAAGCUGGUCAGCGUGCAUGCACGUGCCUGGUAAUGUGUGUAUAGGUGAGUUUGUUUCAGUGAGUGCCAUACAUGUGAUAAAAAGUAAGGAACGGCUGUAAUGGCGUGUCUUGUUUUUUUCUCCUUGGUCUCCCUCCUUCCUCCUCUCUGACCCUAAUGAACACAGCUGCAUCAAAGAGCCACUAGGCUCAAGUCCAGCUUUACUAAAUGAUGUUUGAGGGCCCAUAUUGGGUUGAAAAUAUGAAAAAGUAAUAACUAAACAUGUCUGGGAGGACAGUUUAUUAAAUUUUUCUGUUAAAUUGACAUUCUGGCUAAACUAGACUUUACUAGGGGUUUUUUUCCCUCCAUCUCUAGUGGGACUGCAGCCUUGGUGAUGAAGGCAGAGAAUAGGAAGAGAGGAAGAGUUUUCACUGGUCACAUUUUCAGUGAUUUCUUGUAUACAUGUAAUCAUGUAAGCUCGAGUUGAUCAUUGAUCAAUAAAACUGUUGUACACUUUCA